AUGGGUGAAUUCGAUAUGCGCGUCAAGUCGUGUGUCGCAUCAGAUGGUUCCGGUCAUGUUAUCAAUCUCUCCGAUGAAUUCGGCUGCGUACUACGCCCGAAAAUGAUCUCACGCUUUCUGAAGGCGCGCGCGCCCGAUGAGCGCGCCACCGUCAUAACCUAUGCCUUCUUCCAUGCCUUCAAAUUCCCCGAUGCGCUGAGCGUGCACAUUAAAUGCAAGGUAGAAAUUUGCCGCCAUGGCUGUCUGGAUCACUGUCAGCUCACCGGCAGCGUUAACGAGCGCAAGGAUGUGCUUAUGAACGACGCUUUGGGUAACCAGAACGAACUAAGUCAAGAGAUGGGACAUGGCAUACAUGGCGGCGGGCAACAACCGGCACUGGGCGGCAUGCCUUUGGGUGGUGGUGGCGGUGGCGGUGGUGGUGGCGGUGGCGGCGGUGGCGUUGGUGUUGGUAUGGGCGGUGAUGGCGCAAUCGAUCACGAUAUCUUCUACGAUGACAUCAUACACAAUCGCAAACAGCUGUCAUCGAUCAACAGCGGCAUUGCCAACAUACUCGAUCAGUUUAAUUUGCAUGAAAAGAAUGCCAAUGCCAAUCUCUCGCCGCGUCCGGUACACGAAGAGCCUGAAGAUUCCGAUCUGGAUUCGCUGUUCGGCGAAGACGAAUUAGCCGAUUUGGAUGAAGCUCAAUAUAUGGAAUUGAAGAAGAGCGGCAAAUUCCCACAUGGACCACGUCAAUUGGAGGCGCAAAAGCGCAUGGGUGUGCCCAUGGCCGGGCCACGUUCGCUAGAACCGAAAUCCAAUGAUGAUGCGACACAUCCCAUUUAUCGUCCUCAAGCGGAAGCACUGAAGCGGCCACGCGAAGAUCACAUUGACCUCGAUGAGGCAAACGAUGAGCUGCUCAAGCAUAAGUCGAAUCACACUGAGCAAGGUAGUGACGAAACGAAGUCGACACGUCGUCGACGACGAUCGAUCGUCAUUUCCGAUCGCAAGGUGCGCAGCGCGGACGUAGGUGUUAGCGGUCUGUACGAUGUCAUCUCGGAAGCUGAUCUUGCCUUCUCGCCAGAUUCGAAACAGGAAGCGGUCACCGUAUUUCAGGGCAAAAUAAGUGAGGAGGUGGUAUAUGGCAUUUGCAUGCCGGUGCCUGGCUUCAGCAUACUCUUCAUUGUCGUCAUUUCGGCAACAAUUGUAUCUGCGCUAAUCGCCGGUUCAUUGCUCUAUCGUUAUCAGCUGCAAAAGGAGGCGCUCGAAAAGCAAACUCCAAUACCGGCGCCUGGUACAUUCGCCUCUUGGAUGACUCUACGACUUUUCCGUAUGCGACAUUUGCAGGAACAACACGAACGACAGCAAAUUAGUGCUGGCACAGUUGCGGCAGCAGCAGCCGCAGCGGGGACGGUAGCGGUGGCGCACGAAACCGUGCAGUAGAGAGUUGCGAUGUAGCGAAAUUGUCGG